CGCAGCCUUUGACGUCCCAUUAGCAACCCGAAGAGAAGCGAACGCGCAGGGUUUGACGUCCGCUUAGCAACCCGGGGAAGAGAAGCGAACGUUCGCUCCAUGUUUGCGUUUGUUUAGAAAACUCUCGUGGCAUGCGGCACACGUGCUGCUGACGUAUGACGUAGCCCGCGUCCCAAUACAUUAAGGAAAGUAUCGGCUCACAGAUCGGUUGUAUUUUCCGAUACCCGAUCCAUCUAUUUUGUUGAUAUCGGGGCGAUAUCCGAUCCAGAUAUCGGAUCGGUGCAUCUCUACUCGUACAUAAACCUGUAAAAAUAAGACAUGGCAUCAGCGGAGGAUGACUUCCCUCGAGGUGGGACACUUGGGAAGGCGAGUGAAAGUAAAAUAGCCUUGCCGGUUGAGGUGGAUAACCUUUUCAAGUCAAAUGAAAAAGAAGAGUCUAAGAAGAGAAAGGUGGAGUCCAAAGAUGCCAACAAGAAAGUCAAGAAGCAAAAGACUGCUGAGAGGAAUGAAGAUGGCCUGAUGCUCAAUGAAGCUGCAAAGUGUGUGGAAAUACUGCAUUCCAAGCAUCUAAAGGAAGGCACGUUAAUGCUGGGCUGCGUGAAAGAUGUUUCAGACUUUGAGGUGACCGUCGGUCUACCUUGUGGUCUGCAAGGGUUUCUCAGCAUCAAGAACAUCUCUGACUCGUACACCAAACUGCUCACUGAGCAACUGAAUUCAAUUGACGUUGAGGACAUUUGUGCUUUGCCACACCUCUUCCAUCCGGGCAUGGUGGUGAGAUGUGUGGUUGCCAAAUUGGAGACCACCAAAGGAGGUGCGGCUAGCAUCCAGCUCUCCAUCAAUCCAAAGCUCGUCAACAAGGCGCUCACGUCAAAUUCUAUGAAAGUUGGCAUGGUGUUGAGUGGAUGUGUUGAGAGUCUUGAAGAUCACGGCUGCAUAAUUGAUGUUGGUAUCAAGGGAACCAAAGCCUUCCUUCCUAAGAAAGCUGACACAAAUAAACAGAACAGUAACAAUGAGCUCAAAGUGGGCCAGUAUAUAACUUGUCAAAUAAAAGAAGUGAAGAACAAUGGACGUUUGCUGCAACUCGUCGCCAACCCCUCGGCUGUUCGCCAAGCUCUUGCUGAAUCCAAACAAGGAUGGACCUUGACUAAUCUUCUUCCGGGACUUCUUGUUAAAGCAACAGUCAAAGGGGUGACCAAACACGGACUUCUCUUGGGCUUCCUGUCCUCCUUCAGUGGUCAGGUAGACAUCCUUCACAUGGAGCAAGAGAUGGCUGACAGUUACAGCGAGGGAAGCAAGGUUCUGGCCCGUGUGCUGUAUAUGGAGCCAUCCACCCGUUUGGUAGGAUUAAGCUUGCGUGGCUACCUAGUUCAGCCUGAAUCUCGAAUCAAUACCAUCCCUGCUUGUGGCGAUCGCAUCGGAGAGGUGGUGGAGGACUGCAAAAUAAUCUCAAUGCACCACAUGUCCGGAGCUUUUUUGGAACUCCCUGACAAAACUGUCGCAUUUGUACAUAGGAACAACCUGAAGGAGUACAAGGACCCAUCUAGUGAGAACAAAAUACUGGCCAAACCUAAACAUACUUGCAGGAUAGUUGACUUCAGCCCCAUGGAGCAAAUUCACUAUGCUACUCUACGCAGGACUGUGAUAGAAAAACCCUUCUUUCGAUACCAUGAUCUAAAGCCUGGUCAGAUUGUAGAGGGCAAAGUCUCUGUUAUGCUGAAUCAUGGCAUGGUGGUGCACGUGUCGAACCGUAUUCGUGGACUGGUACCUCAUAACCACCUAUCAGACAUUGUCUUAAAGAACCCAGAGAAGGUGUACGCAGAGGGGAUGAAAAUCAAAUGUCGGGUGCUGUCAGUGGACGUACACAGCCAAAAGCUGUUUUUAACCCGAAAGAAGACCCUCAUAACCAGCUCCCUGCCCUUAUUCCUUAGCUACAGUGACGCCCGUCCUGGACGAGUGUCUCACGGUUACAUUGUCAGUGUCAAAAACUUUGGCUGCAUCGUUCGGUUCUACAACAAUGUAAAGGGCCUGGUGCCAGCCAAAGAACUCAGCUCUGAAGUAAUCCUCGACCCUGAGGAAGUCUUCUAUGUUGGUCAGGUGUUGAAGACUAAGGUACUACAGUGUGAUCCAGCGAAAGAAAAGUUGAUCCUCUCCCUUAAGCGUGCGAUGGAGCAGCAGACAGAAGAAACAGGAAACGCUCAAUUUGACCGUGAAGUGGGGAAGAGGCUGGAGGCCAAAGUGCUUAAGAAGUCAAUCAGUGGUCUGGAAGUGUCCAUUCUUCCCGAUGAUGUCCGUGCCCUCCUACCCACCUUGCACCUCUCGGAUCACGUGUCUAACUGCUCUUUGCUGCGGGAGACCCUGCAAGAGGGAGACACCGUUUCAGACCUUGUCUGCUUUCAGCAGAAGACAAAACAAAUUAUUGUCACCAAGAAGCCAAUGGUGAUCUGGUCACUGGAGGAAGGAGAGGCUCCGAAGGAUUUCUCAGAGAUCACAGUUGGAAUGCAGAUAAUUGGCUGGGUCAAGAACAUCAUUGCCUAUGGUGUCUUUGUUGAGUUCCCCUACGGUCUUGUUGGCCUAGCACCAAAGUCUGCCAUUUCUGAUGAGUUUAUUGAUAAUAUAGCGACCACCUUCCAAGUGGGCCAGACAGUAAUUGCUAAGGUGACUAAUUUGGAUGAGGAGAAGAAGCGAUUCCUGGUCACACUGCAGAUUUCUGAGGUCACUAUGCCAGAGGGAUCUGCCCUGAUGAGACUGAUUCAUGCUGUGCAAGAGAGACGAGCUGUGACCGAAAUGAUUGCAACAAAAGAAGCCAAGGAGCCUUAUCAGCAGCUAGCUGCUCUGUCUGUUGGCCAGAGGCUGAAGUUGGUUUUUGACACAGAGAACGAUGACAAAGGCGCCAUCUUCAAGUCAGAUGAGUUGGUUGGUGCCACCAUACAGGCCAACAAGCACCAUGUGAUGGGCAUUCAGUUGACCCCAGGACAGAAGGUUACUGCAGUUGUCCUUUUUGUUGACAUCCGGGCAACUACUGUCCAUGUCUCCCUCCUUUCCAAGUUGGUUACCAAAAAGAAAAUGCUGACAGAAGGGAGCAAGCACUCUGCAAUUUUGCAGCACAUUGACAAAGACCUAGCCAUCAUCUCGGUGGACGACACUGCUCAGCUGACUUUUAUUCAAACAGAGAGCCACUUCAAUGAGGUCAACCUAACAGCGUCGGAGAAGCUGUUAGAAGGAAUAAUUUUAGACGUUGAGGUUGUCCAACCCAGCUGCGAGCAACUGCAAGGGCUCCCUCUAUUGUCAUGGAAGCGAUCCCGAACCAAAGGACUGGGCAAACCAGUUUCAAACCAGAUGAACGCUGACACUGGUUACCAAUUUGGAGAAAUUUUGCAGGGCAAAAUUCGGACAAUAAAGCCUACCAGCGUUCAGGUUGCACUCAAGGAUGGACGCACAGGCUAUGUGCAUGUGUCUCAGGUGAUGGAGGCUGCAGAAGUGUCGCCAGGAUCCUUCCCCACGUCUUCGGUCAAAGUGGGCAGUGAGGUCACCGGCAGGGUCAUUGGAGGAAGAGACAUCAACAGUACCGGAUUAUUACCCAUUUCCCAUCCAAGAUUAAAAUACACCUGCCCUGAGCUCACACUAAUACCCAGCAAACUGGAUGGUAAAUUGGAGGUCAAGUCGUAUACAGCUGAAGAGAACUUGCGUCGUCACAAGGUUGGACAGGAAAUUACCUGUUUUGUUUCAAAGUUUCAUCAAGAGAGCAAGAGUUUGGAGGUCACUUCUGGUCCUUUUGUUUCGGGGACAGUGGAACUGCUGGCUAUGAUUACUGAUCUGAAAGAUUCCAGUCGCCUUGACAAAAUGUACAAGCUUGGCCAGGCGGUUCAGGCUAAAGUGGUUAAAGUGAGUCUCAAGCCUCAACGACUGUCACUGUCACUCACAGACAUUUAUAAACUGGAGGCAGGCUGUAUCACUUGGGGAAUGGUGACAAGUAUGCCGCCACACCUCGGCCUUGUGGUCAAACUCCCGUUUGGUUGCACGGGAACUGUGGCCAUCACUGACCUCGCUGAUGCAUACAAGCCCAACCCGUUGGCUGCAUUUAGCAAGGAUCAGCUGCUGAGGUGUUACCUUCUGGGCAGUGAAGAUGGCAAGUGGAGGCUAUCGCUUCGACCAUCAAGGUUGAACCCACAACAGGCGAAGCCAGCAAAAGACACCGAGAUUUUAUCCUUAGACAAUCUACAAGAAGGCCAGUUAAUUAGAGGCUAUGUCAAGUCUAUCAGCGAGCAAGGGGUCUUUCUAAGGUUGUCAAACAACAUUAUUGGGAGAGCCGAGCUUCAGCGGUCCUCCAAGUACUUUGUUAACAACCAUAAGAUCCUCUGUAAUCAUCUGCCACCCAGCACCCUGCUCACCACAAAAAUUGUCAGCAUUGACAGAAAGGAAAAGUUAGUUGACCUGUCCCUGCUUACUAUGGAUACUGGGAAGCCAGACAUCCUUCCGGAAUCCCUCCAUCUGCCGCUACGUCUCCAGGGAGAGGAUAAGAACAAGUACAACCUUGAAAGGAAAAAGAAACGCCCACUGUCAGAAAGUGAAGAGAACAAAAAUGAGUCAGAAGCCCCAAAGAAGAAGAUGGAGAAGAUGGAGAAGAUGGAGAAGACGGAGAAGACGGAGAAGACGAAGAAAACGGAGAAGACGAAGAAAACGGAGAAGACGAAGAAGACGAAGAAGACGAAGAAGACGAAGAAAACAGAGAAGACGGAGAAGACGGAGAAAACAACAAACCUUACAGACGAUGACAGUGGGGUUGAGGUGUACUUUCGAGAGAUGGAGGAUCAGGAAGACAAAGACACCCAAUCUGCUGCUGUGAAUGUUUCAAGUUCCUCAGGUCCCAUCAGACUGCAGGUUGCAGCAGAGUUCUCCUGGGAUCUUGGCUUGAGCUCAUUGAAGCCUGCCACAGCAAACAAGCAUGCAGACUCAAGUGAUGAAGAGGACCAAGAUGAAAGCAGCAAGUCUCAGAAGAAAACUCGACGUGAGCUGGCGCAGGAGAAAAAGGCGGCGGAGAAAGCCUUGACGCAGCGGGAAAUUGAGUUGAUGGACCCGCAGCUCAGGCCCCAGGAUGCGGGAGCGUUUGAGCGCCUACUCUUGGCCUCUCCCAACAGUUCCAUUCUCUGGCUUCAGUACAUGGCUCACCACCUGCAGGCCACCCAGAUUGAGCAGGCGCGAGCUGUCGCAGAGAGGGCACUUAAAACCAUUUCUUUCAGAGAGGAGCAGGAGAAGCUGAAUGUAUGGGUGGCCUUGCUCAACUUGGAAAAUUUGUACGGCACCCAGGAUAGCCUCAAGAAAGUUUUUGAGCGAGCCCUCCAGUUCUGUGAGCCCAUGCCUGUCUAUCAGCAGCUGGCGGACAUCUACACCAAAUCUGACAAGAUCAAGGAGGCAGAGAACUUGUAUAAGUCAAUGGUGAAGCGUUUUCGUCAAAACAAAGCAGUGUGGCUCAGCUAUGGUGCCUUCCUGCUUCAGCAAGGCCAGAGUGAUGCUGCCGGUGCUCUCCUGCAAAGGGGGCUUAAAAGUCUACCAUCCAAAGAAAGUGUGGAUGUCAUCGCCAAGUUUGCUCAACUAGAGUUUCGUUACGGAAACACGGAAAAGGGUUUUGCGAUGUUUGACAAAGUCCUGACAAGCUACCCGAAACGCACAGAUCUCUGGUCUGUUUUCAUCGACCUCAUGGUCAAACAUGGAUCACAGAAGGAUGUCCGGGCCCUCUUUGAUCGUGUGAUCCAUCUAAGUGUGUCUGUGAAGAAAAUCAAGUUCUUCUUCAAACGCUACAUGGAGUACGAGAAGAAGCACGGCACACCACAAAGCAUCCAGGCUGUCAAAGAAAAGGCUGUGGAGUUUGUGGAAGGCAAAGUCAGUGUUGCUGCCAGCUCAUGAAUCUUCCAGAUUGUAUAUUUGCGUGUGGACUCCGUGCUUGCAGGUACAAAAUGCAAACAGAUUCUUAAUUAAGAGUUGACUUUUUUACUGUCGAAAUGGUUUCUUGAACCUUGAAGACAACUUUUACACAGUGUAUGUAUUCCUCUAUAAAUCUAAUUGGAUCAAUCAGAAUUGGGAAUUGAACGGACUUAUUUCAUUCCAUUCUCUGGAUGAGUUUUUCUUUUGAUGCGUAAUAAACCAUGUAGAGCAUUGCCAUGACUCAAUAAAUAUACUAUCAAUACAAUA